AUGUCGACGCCCAAGGUGAUUCUAAUGGCCGGCGCGCCACCGCCCUCGGCCCUUGACGACAUGUCCUCAUGCACCGUCACCCGAUUCGACGAGCCCUUCCACACCCUCCUCCGCUUGCCCAACGACUCAUUUUCUUCCGAUGCAGACGGCGACAUCCCCUCGCAGCCGACCCAUGUUGCUUGGCGCUCCAUCCCGCUUGCCCGCAGUCUGACGAUGCUCAGCCAGCGCCACGACGCUCUCGACGCCUCCCUGCACGCCAGUCCCGACUUGUUCACCACCGCCGAUGUCUCAGACCCCCUGCUUUCUCGGGACGACACGAGUGCAGAGGACGCGUGGACGCAGUUUUGUGAGCACUCUCUGGCUCAGCACCAUCCCUCUUCCCAGCCGCUCGACGACAGCGUGGCCGUCGACGACGAGACCGCCCUCUCAGCCAAUCUCAGCUCCGUUAUGCCCGCGGACCCGGUCCCCCUCCACCUGUCCGACCUAGAGGACGUUCCACGGGCCAAACGAAUCGUCGCCCUCCAACCACAGACCGUCUCUCUCAACCUCAUCGUCGGCGUCAUAUCUAUAGCCCAGCCCCGUUCAGUCACCACACGCUGGGGCCAGAGGCUCUCGCUCGUUGAGCUGCUUGUCGGCGAUAAUAGCGCCACCGGCUUCGCCGUUACCUUUUGGCUCUCCGCCAGCCAGGCCGAGGAGAGCAGCGUCGUCCGGCUUCGGCGCCAGGAUGUUGUCCUCAUGGAGAACGUCGCCUUGCACGUCUUUCGGGGCAAGGUCUACGGGCAGAGCCUGCGCAGGGGACUGACCAGAGUCAACCUCCUGUGGAGGAGCGACGGCACCGGCCAUUACUCAACCCGGCGACUGGACAGGGAGAACGCGGCCAAGCAUCCGCAACAGGAGAAAGCGCGGUUGGUCAAGGACUGGGUCCUUCAUUUCGUCGGGCGAGAUCCGGUGAGCACAACAAGAAAGCCACGCAAAUCGUGGGACAACCCUCCCGAUGAUACGCAAUGA